AUGCAGUGCCUGUGGCCCCUGGCUGUCUCACUAGCUGUGGUGUCAACAGUGGAGCUGAGCAGUCGCCAAGUAGCAGCCCAGCAGCAGCAGAAUCGAUCCAAGAGAGGCACUGAGGAUGACGAGGCUAAAGGGGUACAGCAGUAUGUACCCGAGGAGUGGGCUGAGUACCCCCGGCUCAUCCACCCUGCCGAUCUGCAGCCCACCAAACUCUUGGUGGCCACUACCCCCAACCCAGACAAGGAUGGGGGCACCCUAGGCAGCGGGCAGGAGCCAUGGGGCAACCUGACGGGGACGCCGGGGCGGAGGCUGCAGAUCCAGAACCCCCUGUACCCAGUGACUGAGAGCUCCUACAGUGCUUAUGCCAUCAUGCUCCUGGCCCUGGUGGUGUUUGCUGUGGGCAUCGUGGGCAACCUGUCGGUCAUGUGCAUCGUGUGGCACAGCUACUACCUGAAGAGUGCCUGGAACUCCAUCCUCGCAAGCCUGGCCCUCUGGGAUUUCCUGGUCCUCUUUUUCUGCCUCCCUGUUGUCAUCUUCAAUGAGAUCACUAAGCAGAGGCUGCUGGGUGAUGUUUCCUGCCGGGCUGUGCCCUUCAUGGAGGUCUCUUCUCUGGGGGUCACGACCUUCAGCCUCUGUGCCCUGGGCAUUGACCGCUUCCACGUGGCCACAAGCACCCUGCCCAAGGUGAGGCCCAUCGAGCGGUGCCAGUCAAUCCUGGCCAAGCUGGCUGUCAUCUGGGUGGGCUCCAUGAUGCUGGCUGUGCCCGAGCUCCUGCUGUGGCAGCUAGCACGUGAACCCUCCCCUGCCUCGGGCACUGUGGACUCCUGCAUCAUGAAACCCUCCACCAGCCUGCCUGAGUCCCUCUACUCCCUGGUGAUGACCUACCAGAAUGCCCGCAUGUGGUGGUACUUUGGCUGCUACUUCUGCCUGCCCAUCCUCUUUACUGUCACCUGCCAGCUGGUGACAUGGCGGGUGCGGGGCCCCCCAGGGAGGAAGCCGGAGUGCCGGGCAGGCCAGCACGAGCAGUGUGAGAGCCAACUCAACAGCACUGUGGUGGGCCUGACGGUGCUGUACGCCCUCUGCACCCUCCCUGAGAAUGUCUGCAAUCUCGUGGUGGCCUACCUCUCCACCGAGCUGACCCGCCAGACCCUGGACCUCCUGGAUCUCAUCAACCAGUUCUCCACCUUCUUCAAAGGGGCUGUUACUCCGGUGCUCCUCCUGUGUAUCUGCAGGCCGCUAGGCCAGGCCUUCCUGGACUGCUGCUGCUGCUGUUGUGAGGAGUGUGGGGCCUCUGAGGCCACCACCAACAACGGCUCAGACAACAAGCUCAAGACUGAGAUGUCCUCCUCCAUCUACUUCCACAAGCCCAGGGAGUCUCCGCCGCUUCUGGCCCUGGGCACACCAUGCUGA